GGCCGCUGCCGCCGCUACCGCCGCCGCCGCCUCGGGGGCCCAGGGAGGUGCCCGGCCCGGCCUGGCCGGGGCGGAGCCAUGCUAAUGAUGACGCGGGGGCGGAGCCAUGCUUAAUGAGCCCCGGAGAGCGCUCGGGGCUAAACUACUAAGUUCCAGGUGGAACGUCCGGGGUUUGGUGGGGCGGAGCGACACCGACGCUGCCCACCAAUGGGAGGCGGAACGCUUAGGGCUAUGUUAAUAAGCUCGUGAAAUUUCCUGGCCUGGGCGGGGCCGUGCUAACGAGGGUCUCGCGUCAGUCAAUGUCGGGGCGGUGUCCUUGUCCACGGAGGCGGGGCCGUGUAAAGGAAGGUUCCCUUCGGGCCAAGCUAAAGGGGAUGCACAGAGAACUGACCGGGCCCGGGGGCGGGACUAUGCUAAUAUGGUCAGAGCUUCGAAUCGAUCGGUAUCCCGAGGGGCGGGUUUAUGCGAAUGAAGGGGUGGGUUCUUGCUCUUGGCUGGGUCGUGAAGUCAUCGCAUUCCAAACUCAUGAGCCGGAAGGCCAGAGACUGGAGAAAGGGGCGCCGGGGUCCCCAAGGUGUGGGGCUGGGCCAAACUUCUCAGCCUCCAAAUAUUUCCAUCCUCUCCCUCCGUAUCGGACUGGUUCUUACAGGAGAAAACGGAGGCCCGGAGAGGGAGGGCUAGGUCAGAGUCGCCCAUUCUGCCCGUCACAAAUCGUUCUAUCUGUAAAACGCUUAGUAAAAACUUUUCCCUUUCAUCCCUCCCUCCUUCCUUCCCAUAUCCCAUCAGGGCCAAAUCCUCUAGGAUGGGGCGCUGAGAUCCCUGGGGAGAGAAGAGGGUGGGAGCCGAGGUUGGGUGAGGCCGUGCACUUUGAUCUCGCUGCCCCUCCACCUCGCUUGACUACGACUCCCGAAGGCCUUUGCCUCAAGACUUUUGCUUCCUUACUUCCGGUCGCGCGCAGAGCUCGCUUGGCUCUACUUUCCCCCGCUUCCGCGCGUCAAGAAACUACGGCUCCCGGCGGGCCCCGCGCGCCACGCGCUGCCCAUCGGGUAGCGCAGUUCUCCGGCCGGCUGCUCUGGGCGGGCGACUCUUUGGUUGGACUGCGUCUCCCGACGUGCCUGGCGGCAGCGCGCGCCCGGCCCCGCCCCACCCCGCCUUGCCCCGCCCGCUCCGGGGCCCCUGAGCCGCAGCCGGAGGAGCGAGCGAGAGGAGAUCGAGACGAGAAGAGAGAGAGAGGAGGAGGCCGCGGAGGCGGAGGCGGAGGCAGGGGAGGAGGAGCGGCGGCGAGCGGGUGA